AUGCAGGCCAGAAGAUGGUUUCACCCCAAAGUCACUCGUGUGGAGGCUGAGACCCUCCUGCUAACCAGAGGCGUGGACGGCAGCUUUUUGACCAGGCCUAGUCAGAGUCGCCCCGGAGAUCUCACGUUGUCUGUCAGAAGGAACGGAGCCGUCGGCCACAUCCAGGUUCAGUGCACCGGGAACUUCUACGGCCUCUGUGGUGGGGAGAAGUUUGCCACCUUGGCCGCACUGCUCCGGUAUUACAUGGAACAUCCCGAGCGGCUCAGGGAAAAGAACGGAGACGUGGUUGAGCUCAGGUACCCACUGAAUCGUGCGGACCCCACCUCUGAAAGGUGGUUCCACGGUCCCUUGUCCGCAAAGGAAGCAGAGGAACUGCUGAUGGAGAAGGGUCAGCGUGGCAGCUUUCUCGUUCGAGGGAGCCAGAGAUGCCCUGGCGACUGCGUUCUCUCUGUGGUCACUGGUGAGGACACACGGAAGAGCCGUGAGGGCGGGUCCGGCGUGACCCACGUUAUGAUCCGAUGUCAGGGACUGGGAUACGACGUGGGUGGAGGAGCGUGUUUUGCCUCCCUGACGGACCUGGUGGAGCACUACAAGAAGAACCCCAUCGUGGGGACACGGGGCACCGUCCUGCAGCUGGAGCAGCCUCUCCACACCACGCGUCUUACCGCCGCUGACAUUUAAAGCAGGGUUCGAGAGCUCAGCAAGGUAGCUGGGACCCCAGGUGCGGUCAGACAGGGCUUCUGGGAAGAAUUUGAGACCCUACAGAAAGAGGACGACAAAUUUCUCUAUAGCCAAAAAGAAGGACGGAGACAAGAAAACCGAAACAAAAAUCGAUACAGGAACAUCCUGCCGUUCAACCACACGCGGGUUGUCCUGCGCAGCGGCGGCGGUCCCCACGAGCCCGUUUCUGAUUACAUCAACGCCAGCAUCAUCAGGCCUGACCUUGAACCCAAGCGCCGCAGCCAUUCCAAACCCAAAAGGGGCUACAUUGCCGCCCAGGGCUGCCUGCAGAACACGGUGAGCGAUUUCUGGAGGAUGGUGUUCCAGGAGAACUCUCGGGUCAUCGGCAUGGCCACCAAGGAGGUGGAGAGAGGGAAGAGCAAGUACGUCAGGUACUGGCCCGACGAGGACGCCCUCAAAGACUACGGGGUCCUGCGCGUCAGGAACGUCAGAGAAACCGCCGCCCGUCACUACACCCUGAGGGAACUCCGGCUCUCCAAGGUCGGACAAGCGAGCCCAGAGAGAACGGUCUGGCAGUUCCACUUUCAGGCCUGGCCCGACCGUGGGGUGCCCGGUGACCCCGCGGGAGUGCUGGACUUCCUGGAGGACGUCCGCCACAAGCAGGAGAGCACGGCGGAGGCGGGCCCUGUGGUCGUGCACUGCGACACCGGGAUUGGCAGGACGGGAACGCUCAUCGUGAUCGACAUCCUGAUGGACGCCAUUCGAGAGAGAGGCGUUGACCACGACGUCGAUAUCUGCAAAACCAUUCGGAUGGUGCGGUCCCAGAGGCCGGGGAUGGUCCAGAAAGAGGCACAGGACCGGUUCAUCUACACGGCUGUGCAGCAUUACAUCCGGAGGCUGCAGCCCAUGAUCGGGGAGGAACGCAGAAGCCGAGGGAAAGGACACGAACAUAGCGAUGUUAAGAAUUCCCGGAUGGACCAGGCGACCGGUGGCCAGAGCCCGGGGGCACAUUGCACUCAAACACCGCCCAGUGCAGAAGGGAGGGACGUGCUGGGCUCGGCACAGAGCUCAUCACCGUGUCCCGUGAGCAUGAGAAGUUUCCCCAGGACACGGAACGACUCUGAGAAGGACGAUAACGACGACGGUGGGCAGGGCUCGCAGAGCAGGGACAGCGUCUCCGACGGGGAUUUCCACGCAGAGUUCCAGGCACGGGCAGGACGUGGGGACUGCGUGGAGCACUCCAUAGGCAGCACCGUGUCCAAGCUUGAUGCUGGGGCUGUCACACCUAAGACCGUGGGAAAUGUGGAUAAACAGGCGAGGUAG